CGUGGCUCGCCGUCGGGGCUGUUGCGUUCAGUGUGCGUGUGUUUUCGGGUGAAAUAGCCGUUGCCGGUACGGCUCGCACUGCGAAUUUGGUCGGUGAUUAAGUGGCAAUCCGUGUGGCUCCAGUUAGUGUUUGUGUGUUUAUAAGUAUGAAGCACGCGUGACGUCGGCCGUCAAAUGGGGCAGGGUGCCUCGUCGCAUCAGCCGCUGGAGAGGGGCCGUGGGACGGCCAACGCUGCCAAUGGCGUACCGACAAGGAGCAAGUCCUUCCGCCGCAGCAAGCGGCAGGCGGGGUCGGCGCCGCGCGGCAUGGACCGGCUGCGGAGGUCGCUACGGGACUCUCUGCGCCGGCGCAAGGAGCACGUGCCCGAGAGCUCCAAGCCGCACCAAUGGCAGGCCGACGAGGCUGGCGUGCGCGCCGGCACCUGCAGCUUUCACGUCAAGUAUUUGGGAUGUGUGGAAGUAUUCGAAUCAAGAGGAAUGCAAGUCUGCGAAGAGGCACUGAAAUUAUUACGGAAUUCUAGACGGAGACCAGUGCGAGCCAUCUUGUAUGUUUCCGGUGACGGGCUUCGUGUCGUAGAAGAUGACACAAAGGGGCUCAUUGUGGAUCAGACAAUUGAGAAAGUUUCCUUUUGCGCCCCUGAUCGCAAUCAUGAGAAAGGAUUUAGUUACAUUUGCCGUGAUGGGACAACUCGUCGCUGGAUGUGUCAUGGCUUCUUGGCCCUUAAAGAAUCGGGAGAACGACUCAGCCAUGCUGUUGGCUGUGCUUUUGCAGCUUGUUUGGAACGGAAACAGAAGAGAGAUAAAGAAUGUGGGGUAACCAUGACCUUUGAUCCUAAGAACUCCACUUUCACACGUUCUGGAAGCUUUCGGCAAGCGUCAUUAACAGAACGUCUCCAGGACCCUCAGGAACUGAAGCCCUCUGAACCACCUCCAGUGCGUCCAGCAUUUAACCCAUAUGCUAUUGAAAGACCCCAUGCUACCCCUUCGAUGCUGCAGCGGCAGGGAUCAUUCCGUGGUUUUGGGCAGUUGGCUCAGUCAUCACCUUUCAAGCGGCAAAUGUCAUUGCGUUACGGUGACCUCCCGUCGACGCUUGAAAGGCAGCGUUCCCUCAGUUUGGAAGGGUGUGAUCUCCGCAGACCUCCCCCUGCCGCAGUGAGCCCUAUACCAGAAGUAUCCCCUCUGGCUGACAAGUCGGGUAUCAGCGUCGGAGAUUCUGUGAGCGCCAUGUGUCAACAAUUGUCGCAAGGCCUGUCACUGCUGUCUUCGAGUGAGGACUUCCUCCCCGCGCGCACUUCACAGCAAUCUACGACGACUACGACCAGCUCUACCACAGCAGCCCGCCCGCUGCCAGCGCCUGCCCCUGUGGCAUCCACAGCAGCAGCAUUUGCCACAAAUGCUGUUGCAGCUGUCCAUUCUUCUAACAGCAUAUUCUCUGCCACCUUCAACAGUGUCGGUGUAACCGGUGGGGUGACAAUGCAAGCCAACAGCAGCACGGCAAUGAGCACGGUGUCAUCUGUUGCACCGGCCGUCUUGCCAGCCGUAGCAGCCGUGGCGCUGCCGGCGGCAGCUGCACUCCCUCCCGCAACAGCAGCCACUCACACUGCACCAGUUUCUGUUUCUGCGGCAUCUCCGGUGCCGGUCCCAGCUGUGACUGCCUCGCCAGCUGCAGCACCUGCUGUUCCCCCUCGCACGGGCACUCCAUCACCGGCCAGGCAGCCGGUGGCACUGCCUGUGAAAGCUCCGGCCAGUGGUCUCCCACAACCAGAUCAGUGGCUCGGUGCCGUAGUGGAAGCAGUGGCCCCAUCGACACCUCCGCGGCGCGCUCCACCCCUCCAGCACCUGCGCGCCCACUCUCUGGGUUCGGCUGAUGUCUUCUCUUCUGGCACACGUCGAGAUCCAUUUGAUGCCGAAUGGGCAGCUCCACCAUCUGCGACACGGGAGCAUCGAGCCACAAAUCCGUUUGCUGUGCAGCUAUAAUUGUGGACAUAUUUUGCAGACUUCCCUGGUUGCUGCUUUGUGUGAUAACUAUUUUGGAUGUUGCUACAUAACCUUCCCCAGUCAAGUGACAGUCUGAGUUCAAAAUUCAGUAUAUAGUUACAGGCAUUGUACUAGAGGACAUUUUAUUAAUAUGACUCCUCCUCCACCAUUUUCUGACCCUCCCCCCUUUUUUCCCUGAAUGACAGAUAACAAGAAUACUAUUAUCUCCUUUGAAAAGCCUUAGAUUUUAUUUUAUUUAAUUCUUUCGUUAUACUGUGUCAGGCAAGUGAAGAAAAAAUGUGAAGAAUUUUUUGUGUACUUUGUUGCUUUUUGUUUAACGUCAUCUUAUUUAAUGCCCCACAAUUUCAUGUUAUUGAUGUUAUAGUGUUCACUUUUGUGUUGUCAUGCCCAAGUACGCCUCACCCAUAAAUCUCAGUUGAUGGAAUCCAGUUCGUGAUAUAUCUGUUUGUAUUAGAGGUAAAAUAGUUUUUAUAGCUGACGCGGUGUACCAGUGUCGUAACAUAAAAGCACACUACUUUUUUUCCUGUCUGUAAAUCAGAAUAACUUGGUUGAAGGUUCUCAAGUAUGACUGUUAUCAGAAAUUCUGUAAGAUGACAAACAUUGUGAUGUAGUAUUUAUUCCUUAAAAAGGCUGUGUUUUUUGCUUUGCAGUAGAAUUCAGGGCCUGCUCUUAGUUUUAUGGGAGAUGUUCAUUUGUCCGUGUUGUAAUCAUGCUUAGUAUCCAGUUGACAGACUGAGGAAAGGUGUGGGGUUUCAUACGGAGUGACUUCACAACUAGGUUUUUUUUUUUUUUUUUUUUUUUUUUU